AUGGCGACGCCGAAAGCAAGUCUACCGAAGUCUGAAGCUAUUUCUAAAGGUUACAACUUCGCUUCUACUUGGGAACAGGGAGCCCAAGAGCUAAAGGGUAUGGUGUGUGAUAUGAGAAAGUCCAAGAGCUCUAGAUUUUCAUUUAAGGGCCAGAGUGCUCCAUUGACAGAGCAACAACAGGCAGCAAUAGGAGCACUAUCUCAUGCAGUUGCUGAGCGACCUUUUCCAGCCAAUUUGGCCCCAGAGCACAUAUCUGGACAGGAUAAGGGCUUAUGCAUUUCAACAAAGCACAGCAAUGUGGAAGAAAGUGGGGCCGUAGAAACAGUUUUGGUCAAUACAAAUCAGUUUUAUAAAUGGUUUAUGGAUCUUGAAGCAGCCAUGAAAUCAGAGGCAGAAGAAAAAUAUCAGUGCUAUGUAAAUACUUUAACAGAUCGUAUACAGAAAUGUGAUGGCAUACUUUAUCAGGUUGAUGAAACCCUUGACCUGUUUAAUGAUCUACAGCUGCAGCAUCAAGCAGUGGCAACAAAGACAAAAACCCUUCAUGAUGCAUGUGACAGACUGCUGCUAGAGAAGCAAAGACUGAUAGAAUUUGCAGAAUCACUUCGUAGUAAGCUCAACUACUUCGAUGAAUUGGAAAACAUCGCGAAUUAUGUUCCUUUUGAUGAUGAUUUGGAUUAUCCCACAAAGCUGGAGCGAUCAGCUGAGAUGAAAUCAGAAACUGCUGCAUCUGUUGGAGUUCUUCUUGACCAUCUCAAUUAUCCAUAUAUUGGUUGUGUUCUGUGGACAGAUCAAAGCCCAGAUGUCUUUAAAACUUGGUAUCCUCCUCUUGAGAAAACUCUAUCAUGUUUGUCAAAGUUGGAUCGUUGUCUAGAACCACCUGUUUUCACUGGUUUGGCACAGGAAGCGGUAGAAGUUUGUUCCUUAUCCAUACAAAAAGCAAGCAAACUCAUUGUGAAAAAAUCUUCACCAAUGGAUGGACAGCUCUUCCUUAUAAAGCAUCUUCUUAUUUUAAGGGAGCAGGAUCUGGAGAAAAGCCUCAAAGCCACUUGUGAAGAGUUCAUUAUGUCAGUCACGAAGCUAGUUGUGGAUCCCAUGCUUUCGUUUGUUACUAAGGUGACAGCUGUGAAAGUUGCAUUUUCCUCGGGCAGUCAGAAUCAAAAGCUGGAGUCAGUUCUGGCAAAACCACUAAAGGAUCAAGCUUUUGCUACCCCAGAUAAAGUUGGAGAACUUGUUCAGAAGCUUACCUUGUGGGUGGUGCUCAAUAGGAAAAUCAUGUGA